GGACAUAUAAAAAUGAAAACUGGAUAUUGACUUUGAAUCAAAUAUACAAAUAUAAAUAAAGCCAUUGAACAUGAAUUUCAUGAUAAGUUUGACUUUAGUUAUACUUGUAUCUGGCGUAUUCGUUACAGUUACAGGAACAGGGCAGAGUGGCCCUGGAAUCUAUGGAAAAUGCUCUAGUAGAUGCAGGAGGUACAGACUAAAAUACUGCGAAACCACUUGCGAAAUUAAGGCGGGAUGUCGUGUAGAGGACUCCCUUUGGAACAAGUGCUAUUAUAGCUAUAGAUAUUCAAAAAGGAGAUAUGCAGUGAAAGAAUGCAUGAUUAAGAUUCGUCAUUGUCAAACAACAACGACACCAUCUACAACAACAA